AACUACCUCACGAGAAAGCAGUAACUUCGUAGAUAGAGAGAGAGAGAGGGUGUAGCUCCAGAGGGUGAGAGCAGUUCCCAGCUCGAGGCUUCUCUCCGCAUAGGUUACUGUUGCCUACGCGAAGCGCCGUUGUGUAGCCUAUUCGCUGUCAAGCGUUAACUAGGUGCUCUGGACUUGAUAUCUGAUACAGGCACAACACUGCUUUGUAGAGGGGCUCUGUUUGCCUUAUAUGUGCAGUGCAUGUCAUUUUUGUGUGUUAAGUGCAUUACGAGGGCUUAAGCUUUCUCUUCCGUCUUUCUGAAGAAGCUAGGCUACAAAUGUCAGAGGAAUGGUAUAGAAACAAGGAGAAUCGGUGUGGCUAAAUUUAGAAAAAUCUUGGAAGAUAAUCGUCGAUGGAAGAAUCCAAGUGAAAACACAUUUCCUUAUCCUGGCUAAAUGCGAGUUCCAUUUUAACGCGGAUACACUGAACUUGCUACUUUCCCAAGGAUCUGAAAGGGGCGUAGCAUUAACCAACAAGCCAUCCUGGUAGCUACAGUAUCUUAACGGCAGUGGUGCACGUUUCGUCUGCACCAUGAAAUCACACUCUUUGAAUAUAACGUAUCUCGGUUGGAAAAUGCAUUUGGCGUAACAAUUAUUGAAACAACUGAUUUUGCCGAGCCCUUUUAAAACCGUAAUGGCAAACGAGAUUGGUUUCCAUAAUCGGAGUAUAGUGGAAAAAUAUAUUAGUCACAAACUCUUGAAAAGGGGCUAUGUGUGGGAAUUCCAUUUGACCGAAGAAACGGAUUCUCCAAAUAAUAGCUUAGUGGAUUCUUCAGACUCCUCGCCCGUUUUGGCACGGAGGGCACAGACAGCUGCUUCCCCCGUCUUCAACCGGAUUCCCCAACCGGACCCGCACGCUGCGCUUCACAGGGUUUUGCGAGAAGCGGGCAACGAAAUUGAAAGGAUGUAUCAACGAGACUUUGCAGAGAUGUCACAGCAGCUGCAUUUCACACCUAACACCGCACAAAGGAGAUUUACGUCGGUUAUUGAAGAGCUGUUCCGGGAUGGGGUCAAUUGGGGUCGAAUUGUUGCCUUCUUCGAGUUCGGAGGGACGAUGUGCGUUGAAAGUAUGAACAGAGAGAUGUCGGCCCAAGUCGAUAAUAUUGCGAGCUGGAUGACGGAGUACCUAAAUGGGCCGCUGCAGAACUGGAUCCAGGAGAAUGGCGGUUGGGAUGCAUUUGUGGAGCUGUACGGGCGACAGCAGGAGUCCAUGUUUCACUGCUCGUGGCCGUACAUUAAGACGGUCUUUGGUCUGGCUGCUCUGGGUGCAGCGGGCGCCACCAUCGGCGCCUAUUUCACGAAGAAGUAAAGAAAUCGGAAGCUUUUUUUUCCUCUGUAAUUUCUUAGAAAAGCAGCAUCUCCACAGAAUGGAUACAUGCACACACACGCGCGCACGCACACACACACAUACACACACACCCGCAAGCCAACUGCUCCUGAAACUUUAAAAGCCCUUGCACUCUAAAUACUUCAUACAAGAGACUACUGUAUUUCCAGAAAGCCAUUAUUUCAAGUUUUAAAAAAAUGGAUAUCAUGCGCACUCAAUGUCAGGUCAUUAAUUUUUUUCCUGCUAUAUAUAUAUAUACUGUAUAUAUAUAAAAUAUGUUAAAAUGGACUUUAUUAUUAUUAUUUUAUUUGACAGUGGAAGCCUGGAAACCGUUUCCCUCCAUGUUUGUUCAGUACUUCAGCAUGAUAAUGUUAUUUUGUGGUGUGGACAGAGAUGCCCCCUCUGAGAAUGUGCAUACAAAACCCACCAUCCCUGUGGGUGAAAGCGAAAACAGUUUAGCUUCUGGUAACUCCCAGUUUUGCUUAUUUAGCUGUGGAUGGAAAGAGGGGGUUUUGUUGAAUUGUGGUCUUCCUUAGGAGCUCCCCUAACACACACACACACACACAUACACAGAUGUAAUAUAGUCACUGUCUCUGAUUGGCUUAGUGGUCAUUUUCAUACAAAGAGUAUUAGUAACCAUCCAAUGCAAGCAUUUAUGAGUUACCCACAGCCACUGUCUACCCACCCACCCCCUCCCCCGCCAAACACCCGCCGG